GGCUCUAGGGCGCGGCCCCUCCCAAAACCCGGGGAUGUAGACCGCGCUCCGCACGCCCCUCCCAGCAGCGGUGAAGCCGAGCCUGUGGGCAGGAAGCCCGACCCAGCGCUUGAGGAGCUGCGGGCGACGCGGCGGGCUGGCGGCUCGGGCCUCCGACUCUCUAGACCCCGACGCUAGGGCGUGGCGGUAGGAGGGGCCCGCCGGGCCCGCCAGAAGAUCGAAGGAUGUUUGUCCCGAGGUCUCUCAAAGUCAAGAGGAACGCCCCCGACGGAGGCCAAGGCUGCGUGGCCAAGAAAGCGAGACCAGAAGCCGACGUGGUGCGGUGGGAUGAGGGGAGUGGGCCCCCGGCGGGCGCCGUCCCUACAGGAGACGCCGCAGCUGCCCACAGGCCACAGGCGGGGCCCGAGCCGGGCGCCCGGGACAGCCUUCCCUCCGACGAGCCUGUCAAGUCCUUUUCGAAACUGCAGCGCGCGGCGGAGCCCGGGGAGCCCGAGUGCGUCGUCUGCGGCCGUUACGGCGAGUACAUCUGCGACGAGACGGACGAAGACGUGUGCAGCUUGGAGUGCAAAGCGAAACAUCUCCUGCAGGUGAAGGAAAAGGAAGAGAGGUCGGCGCUCAGCGGCCCGCCCUACGUCUACCAGGAGCACCCCUUCAUCGCCAGCCUCGGGGAGGACCAGGUCGAGAACCUCAGACACCAGCUGGGCAUCUGCGUCCAGGGGCGGGCUGUCGCCAGGCCCAUCGUGGGCUUCGAGCACUGCGCCUUCCCCGAGACCCUGAGCCUCAACCUGACGGCGGCCGGCUACGAGGUGCCCACCCCCAUCCAGAUGCAGAUGACUCCCGUGGGCCUCCUGGGGCGGGACAUCCUGGCCAGCGCGGACACGGGCUCCGGGAAGACGGCUGCCUUCCUCCUGCCCGUCAUCAUGCGCGCUCUGCUCGAGGGCACGUGUCCGUCCGCGCUCAUCCUCACCCCAACGAGAGAGCUGGCCAUUCAGAUAGAGAGACAAGCCAAAGAGCUGAUGAAGGGCCUGCCGCGCAUGAAGACCGCGCUGCUGGUGGGGGGCCUUCCCUUGCCGCCCCAGCUGCACCGUCUGCGGCAGCACGUCAAGGUCGUCAUAGCGACCCCGGGCCGCCUCCUGGACAUCCUGAAGCAGGGCUCCGUCCAGCUCCGCGGCGUGAAGAUAGCGGUUGUAGAUGAAGCCGACACCAUGUUGAAGAUGGGCUUUCAGCAGCAGGUGCUGGACGUCCUGGAGCACGUCCCCCACGACUGUCAGACCGUCCUGGUCUCGGCCACGAUCCCCGCCAGCAUCGAGCAGCUGGCGGGCCAGCUCCUGCGGGACCCCGUGCGGAUCACGGCCGGAGAGAAGAACCGGCCCUGCCCCCACGUGCGGCAGAUCGUGCUGUGGGUGGAGGAGCCCGCCAAGAAGAAGAAGCUGUUUGAGAUCCUGAACGAUAAGAAACUCUUCCAGCCGCCCGUGCUGGUGUUUGUGGACUGCAGGCUCGGGGCGGACCUGCUGAGCGAGGCCGUGCAGAAGGUCACGGGCCUGAGGAGCGUGUCCAUGCACUCGGAGAAGCCGCAGGCGGAGCGGAGGAGCAUCCUGGAGGGCUUGCUCGGCGGAGCCCAUGAGGUGGUGGUGAGCACGGGCGUCCUGGGACGAGGGCUGGACCUGGUCAGCGUCAGGCUGGUCGUGAACUUCGACAUGCCCUCGAGCAUGGACGAGUACGUGCACCAGGUGCGUCUCUCCCCUUUGCUGCCAGAGACGCCGACCGGCAGCUCUCCUUUCGGCCGGACACAGAGCCUCCUCUGAGCUGUUAUCUCCCCGGCGCUGCUGGCUUCCUUCUCCGGAGUCACUUACCGGCCCUGCGAGGAGGCCUUUCUCCGGUGCUCGCAGAGGCCCCUGGGGGCCACCUCCCCCCGGGCGCCCAGGAGGCUGCAGGCCGGACGCGGUCCUCUGCCUGGUGCUCGGGCUCAGUGACACGGCAGCACCCCCACCCCCGCCGCCCCCUGCUUGUCAGAGAGCUGACGAUGGCCCAGGAGGCCGUUUUCAAAUAACCGAGGCUCAUUUCCUUCCAGACGUGGAGUCGUGUUGUGUGGGAAUCUUUCUAACAUUUUAAAAUAUGUAAGAGGCGCCAGCAGGUGUGGCUCAGUGGUUGAGCACCGACCUCUGAACCAGGAGGUCACGGUUCCAUUCCUGCUCAGGGCACGUGCCCGGGUUGCGGGCUCGAUCCCCAGUGUGGGGCGUGCAGGAGGCAGCUGAUCCAUGAUUCUCUCUCUCUCUCCCUCUCCCUUCCUCUCUGAGAUCAAUAAUAAAAUAUAUUUAAGAAAAUGAAAUAAAAUAGGUAAGAAGCUGCUCUGCGUCCUGAGCAGAGGGUGCUGCUAGAACGCCCGAACCUUUCCUCUGGUCCCAAGGUCAGUCCUCUGCGUUCAUUACUCGCGGAGCAGAGCGCAGUCACACCGCGAUGGCCGCCCGCCGUCAGGGUGGCUCAGACCGUGCUCCUCUGUCUGUCUCCGUCCUUGGAGCACACGUGCACACAGGGACAAGGAACACGAAUGAGUAAGCCCUCACCUUGGAGUGGUCACCUGAGUUCACGGUGCAGAAAUGCACAUGCACAUGUGUGCCUAUGUGUGCAUAUACACAUAGGUGUUUGG